UCGGACGGCGGGCGCGGCCCCCCGGCUUUGCCUUCCCCUCGUCCUCCUCCUGCUUGCCCUGACGCCCCGCGCCGACUCCUCGUGGUGAGACAUUUCCCACCUGAUAUUUCCCAGUGAGCACAUGCAAGGAGGAGAGCAGCCAUGGAAACUCUGAGGUGUUCAGACUGUCACCUGAGCAGGGGGCAGAGACACGAGGAGCCACAGGAGCCUGCAAAUCCUUGGCGAAGCCGGGCAGGCUCUGUUGGGAAGCACAGGAGCAGGACGCAUCCAGCACAGCCAAGCCGUGGAAGGGGGUUAGCACAGCCUGCACGCUACCAAGUAAAUAGAUGCGUCUGCCUCUGAUUUGCAUGUUUAUCUUAGAAGCAAUUUAGGUUUCUCCUUGUUUACAAGAGCCAAAGUCAGCAGACUCUCCACAAGAACAACAACUGGAAGCCAGAGCGUGACGGUUGUCUCCUGUUCCCUCGUGCAUCGGCACUCGCGGGAUGCUGGGACGAGCUUGCUGCAGCCGUGCCUCUGGAUGCAUCCCCGCAGCUUGCACGAGGGAGGAAGGCUGGCAAGGAGAGAAGAGGGCUCCAAAGGCACCUGCCCUUGGAACAUGAAGUCUGCAUCAUCUGCUGUUUUGCUGCCUCGCGAGAAGCAAGGAAGGGAGGGCGGGAGGUCCGGCACACAGUGUCCCACAGCACGGCCCCUCACUGCCGGCUCCGGGCAGCGGGACUCCGGGAGAAAACGGGAAAUGCACCCAGCUCGGAACCGCACACUGAUCGGCAAGAGGGCACGCUGCAGCAUCGUGCAGCCCAAGGUACAUCGGGGCGCUGGGUGCAAGGGUGAUCUGUGAUAACAUCCCCGGGCUGGUGAACAAGCAGCGACAGCUCUGCCAGAGGUACCCUGACAUCAUGCAGUCGGUUGGGGAAGGAGCCAAGGAGUGGAUCCGGGAGUGCCAGCACCAAUUCCGGCACCACCGCUGGAACUGCAGCACCCUGGACCGGGACCACACUGUCUUCGGCCGGGUCAUGCUGCGAAGCAGCAGGGAGGCCGCCUUCGUCUACGCCAUCUCCUCGGCUGGGGUGGUCUAUGCCAUCACGCGGGCGUGCAGCCAGGGGGACCUCAAGGUCUGCAGCUGUGACCCGCUCAAGAGGGGCCGCUCCAAGGACGAGCGCGGGGAGUUCGACUGGGGCGGCUGCAGCGACAACAUCAACUAUGGGAUCCGCUUUGCCAAAGCCUUUGUGGAUGCCAAGGAGAAAAAAGUGAAGGAUGCCCGGGCGUUGAUGAACCUGCACAACAACCGCUGCGGGAGGAUGGCUGUGAAGCGCUUCCUGAAGCUGGAGUGCAAAUGCCACGGGGUCAGCGGCUCCUGCACACUAAGGACUUGUUGGCUGGCAAUGUCAGAUUUUCGAAAAACAGGGGAUUACCUAAGGAAGAAAUACAACGGGGCCAUCCAGGUGACGAUGAAUCAGGAUGGCACUGGCUUCACAGUGGCCAACAAGAACUUCAGGAAGCCCACAAAAACAGAUCUGGUGUAUUUUGAGAACUCACCUGAUUACUGUGUGAUGGACAAGUCAGCAGGCUCCCUGGGCACGGCCGGCCGGGUGUGCAGCAAGGUGUCCCGCGGGACGGACGGCUGCGAGGUGAUGUGCUGCGGGCGGGGGUACGACACCACGCGCGUCACCCGCAUCACCAAGUGCGAGUGCAAGUUCCACUGGUGCUGCGCUGUGCGCUGCAAGGAGUGCGAGGACACUGUGGAUGUGCACACGUGUAAAGCUCCCAAACGGGCUGAGUGGUUGGACCAGACCUGACGAGAUGGGAGCACUGAGGGAAGAAGCCACUGCCACUUGCCCCUUGCAAUCUUUUUUAACCCCUGUGCCCUGAGGGCCACGAUGUUCUGGGAGCUGUAGUUCAACUGCAUGGCUUUUAUUUAAUUAAUUCUGCAAAGCACUAAGGAAAGGACUACAGUUCCCAGGAGGUACUGUGGGCCCUUCAGAUUUGCUCAGCAAAACUAAUCCCUGACCUAGGAGGAGGCUGCGAUCCUUGCUUAAACUGUGAACCUGCAAAGGUUCUCUUCGCAAAGGGACAGUGCAACCAAUAUGGACUCAGAGGACCGACUGUCGGGACGUGAUGGCUGAGGAAUCCCGUUCCUCCCCAGAGAAUCUACGUGACAGUAAAGCUUCACCAGCAAAAAACAUUAGUUCAGAAUAAUCUACUCUUGCAAAAGCACUCUUGCUUUUCCUUUUCUGCAAGGCCAGAGGAAGGGUGUUGUGAAUCUGUAAGACAGUUCCAUGAUACCCGUGUUUCCCUUGAGCAGACCUGGCACAUCACUAACCCCACUGAGCAAGAGUCACCUCUGCACGAGGCUUGUCCCUGUGUCCCCAGCACAGGGAACAAGUAGAGCUCUAACUUGGACCUGAACCCUGAAGGACUGCACAGAGACAAGGCCACCUCUAGAUGCUGGUGGAUACAAAGGGCUUGAAAGAGCAAAUGAAACCUGUGAACUUACUGGUAGGUUCUGAAGUCAACGGUACAACAGCAUCUCUGUACAACUCACGUGUAUGUUGUGUAUAUUGCUUAUUAUUUUAAGUCAAAAUUCAUUAUAAACCUGUAUCAGAAAAUUA